AUGUGGGUCUCCACCGGCGCCAGAACCGCACCACGGAGCAAAGAAACCUGCCGAAACGGUCCCGCCUCGGCUGCCGUUGGUCAGCACCAGCCUGAUGCCAUUCCUGCCGAGAUCACGAAACACCGCACCACGCAAGUCGGCGUCGACUACUCCCAGCGAGACGGCGUUGUCGCCCGUCUGUAG